AUGUUCCACAAACAAAAGGCGCUAGCGGCCUGCUCCCCGCUGCUUGCCUCUGCUGCAUGGCUAUUAGACGCUGUCUUCUGCUCCGUUUUGCACAACCCAUGGCUAGCUUGUCUCUUGACCUUGGGCCUGUUCCUACGGUUGCAGUAUAGCCAGGUUUCGGCGGCCUGGGCCAUGGACGAAAUGUCGUAUUUUGACACAGACGACUACCUCCUCGACGUUUUCCACAAUAUCGUCAAUCUUGUCUUCAUACUUCGGUUUGCCAUGUCGCUGCAAAGCUUGACCCGGAGAACCAACCUCCUCGUCGAAACGACACUUCUAGUGCUUCAGGAGUUCGGCGUCGUGGUGCUCCUUUUCUAUCCAAAAUACUCCUUGUUGUACUCCGACAUCUCCGUGGUGCUCAGGGUCUUCAUCUGGUGGCAGGUCUUGUGCCCCUACAUCGUGCUAAUUUUCAAUGUUGUCGACUCCAACAAGGACGAAAUGUCUGAAAAGGGCCUAGUGCCCAAGUUGCCUGCCUCAAACCUCCUCACAGUGAUUGUCGAGACAAACAACAAUAUGCUCCCUGUGUUCAUGGCUCACUCAUUUGCUACCAUCAACUUCGACUUCCCCUUCCACGACGGCCUUACACUUCCCCUCGUGUACCAUGUGGGCGUCAUCAGCAUCAAAUUUUACAUCAUCUGCCGUUUCAUCUUAUAUGAGCUUGUGGUGGUGGUAUUCAACAUCGCAAACCUCAAGUCCUUUGCUGAACUUUACACACCAGUGCAAAUCGGAAACACCAGGAAGCUGUGGUUCCACGCUUUCUCACGCUUCACUCCUUCAAUUCUUCUUCUCACUACUUUCAUUUGCAUCUUGUCUGACGUGGGCAUCAUCAUGCUUUCCAAGUAUGGCUCCUAG